AAAAAAAACAUACAAAAAUGACAAGCUCAAGCAAUAAUCCACAUGUCACAACCGAAAAUUACUCAUAUCCAUACCCAUCAAAUCUUUCUGCAACAAGUUUUACUAGUGUGAAGCUGAGUGGUAGGGACAACUAGUGGAAAUCACAGAUGCUAUGCCUCCUAAGAAGUCAUGGUAUGUUUCGUUACACAGAUGAAACUCCUGUAAGCAGUCAACCCAGUAUCUACGGGAAGGAGAAAGUGGGUGGCCAUCAAUGGCUGUGGACAAAAUCAAAUGACACCGUUAUCAAAGGUUGGAUUCUUGGUUCUCUCUCUCAGGAACCACUCAGGUAUGUUUUGAAUAGUCUCACAGAAAAACGCGAUGAAAGCAAUCGACGCGAUCAACACAAUGAACGUGAUGAUCAACCAGCAGAUUCUGAUUUUAGUGCGAAAGAUGUUUGGGAUGAACUGCAGACUAUCUAUGGUCCUUCAAAUAAACAAGAAGAAGAACUACCUUAUGAUCAGAGAACAAUCUUUGAAGCUAUUUUAUCAGGAAAUUGGGAAGAAGUGGAUGGCCUUUUGAACAAUCGAUCCUUUAAAGUUACAGUCGUUGACAAAGUCGCAAAUAAUGGCAACACGGCACUCCACAUAGCAGUGGGUAAUGUCACGGAUCAGGAAUUUUUAAGGAAAUUGUUGGGGGUCACACCGGAGAACACACAACUAUCUAAUGUUCAAAAUUCAGAUGGAAGCACACUACUUCAUGUUGCUGCUAUGGUUGGCGACGUUAUAGUUGCUGAGAUGUUGGUGGCAAGAGAAGCAGCGUUGUUGUUCACCAAGGAUAAAAAGCAUAGGUUACCACUUGCCAUAGCUCUUUUAAAUCUGGAUGAAAAGAUGUCUCGAUUUCUGAAGGAUCAAAUGAUCAAAUACAGAGAAUGGAAUACUGAUGUGCUUUCAGGCAUAUCUGGUGAUGAGCUUCUAGUUAUUCUUAUUUCUUCAAAACAAUUUGAGAAAGCGAAUGAAUGGCUAAAGCCUCUCCAUAAAACCAGAUACUAUAGUGACGCCGUGCUGAUGGCUAUAGCCCAAAAUUUCCCAUCUGAACUCAAUGCAUUGGAAAAAUAUAUAGUUGUCUAUGUUAAAAGGACAGAUAUAAUACAUCGGAGAGUAAAGGGCAUUCUUAAAACUGCUUCUGAUUAUAUGGUUAGUAGAUGUGUUCCAUUAUGUGGUUCCUGUCUUCAAAAAAUAUUCAACUCAUUCAGUACAGGGAUUGAAUGGAUUAUUAUGUUUUUCCUGCUAAUCCCUAAGAUGUUAGAGAGAGCUCGAGUUUAUAACGACGCCAUAAAGUUAUUAAAUCACGUAUGUUCUUCCAUACAUGAUAAUUAUCAGCCUAUUUCUGAACACCAUCGCUAUUACAAGGAUCCGAUUUUCGAAGCAACAAGGCAAAAUGCAUACGAGGUUGUGCAACAAAUUGUCCUCCGCUUCCCGAAUGCAAUUUGGAGUGCCAAUGAAGAUGGUCACAACAUUGUUCAAUAUGCUGUGAUAAAUCGCUCGGAAAAUGUGUACAAUGUACUAUAUCAAAUGAACAAACAUAAGAACACUUAUAAAACAAUUAAAGACCCUUCUCAGAACAACCUUUUGCAUUUGGCUGCAAGAUUGGCACCUGCCAGCAGAUUGAAUCUAAUAUCAGGUGCAGCUUUACAAGUACAACAUGAACUAAAGUGGUUUAAGGAAGUUAAAAGAUUUGUAAGUCCUCUAUGUAUCACAGAAAAGAACUCUUUUGGCGAAACACCUGAAAUGGUAUUUACACGAGAACACAAGGAGUUGGUGAUUGAGGGAGAAAAGUGGAUCAAGACCACUGCAGAGUCUUACACCAUUACAGUUGCAUUAAUAACCACCAUUGUGUUUGCGGCAGCUAUUACAGUGCCCGGAGGAAACAAUCAGGAUAUGGGGAUACCACUUUUUACUAACAACCCAGCCUUCACAAUAUUUGCAAUAUCAGAUGCCAUAUCAUUAUUCACAGCUGUUACUUCAUUGCUAAUAUUCUUGUCGAUUCUCACCACACGUUUUGCUCAGCAGGACUUUCUCUACAAGUUGCCAACAAAGUUAAUGGUUGGUUUGGUCAUGUUGUUGACCUCAACUACAGCCAUGAUAGUAGCUUUUGGUGCUACGCUAUAUCUUGUAUUUGGCCAAGGGAACUCGAAGAUUCUUAUUCCAAUAGUUGUGCUGACAUGCCUAUCAAUUAUUUCUUUUGUAAUCCUGCAAUUUCCUCUCAUUAGAGACUUGAUGACUGCCAGAUUUGGUCGUAGUAUUUUUGGUAAGAAAAGAGAUGAACCCUUCUAUUAAGUCUUCUUUCCCAGUUAUAGAAUGGUGGACUCAAUAGAGUUCAAAAAUGAUUAAAAGUAUUGAGUAAUUUUGAAUUGGAUAUAUGUUGUCACUACUUUGUAAUAUGACACUUGCUUAAUUUGAGAAAUUAAAUAUUCGCAUGAUGGUGA